AGAGAGAGGCAGGGCAGUCCUGGUUUGGCCAGAGCCGCCGGCGUCUCACAGUCCCCAGGCAGUGGAGGCACCGGUCAGGAAAACGGACACGUGAAAUGCUCAGCGGCUCCCCGGGGGAGGCAUGUCAGCCGGUGGCGAUGUGCGGCGAGCGCUGUGGCUAAUCAUCCCCACGUUCCUACUCAUGCUGCAACUCCUGGUCGGACUCCGGUUGCCGCGGGCGGAUCGUGCCGGUACCUCCGGAGCCUUCCGGGAUGAGUUCAUCUUCACCGUGAUCAGCAUAGAGCCAGGGAGGAGGACCUCGCAUGAAACGGGACCUUUGGAUUUUUUACGGGAUGAGGAGAUGGCAGUGAGCCGUGGAUAUGAGGAUGAAAACCAAAUAUCUACCAGCAACCAGAAAGGAGGUAGAGGGUUUGAGCUGCAGCAGUGGGCAUCAGGUGAGCCCUCCUUCACUGCAGAGCUGGAACGUGUUAUCACCCACAUUACCACCCCCCAGGUGAACUGUUCCCGGGUGCUGCUGCCAGGCAAGACCCAGGCCUCACAGGUCUCUGGAGCUCCAUGGCUGCUAUGUGUGGAGGGCUGGAGCUUGCCCACCCAGGGUACUCCCUGUGUGGCAUACUCUUUCAGUAUGGACCAUGGUGACACAGGGUUCCUCCAGGCCCUUUCAAAGGCCUGUGAAGUCCACAGAUUUGACCCAGGUGGUCACUACGGUGACAGGCCCCGGGCGAUCCGGCAGCACCGGGCGUGGCUGAACUGGAGAGUGGCGAGGGGACGCAUGCAGAAGAAGAAAGAGGUUCUGGGCAGCGGCUCUCGGACGCUCAGCGAGAUCAUGGAGACUCUGGGACAUCACACGGUGGACUUCCUGUAUGCUGAUCUACUGAGUGUAGAGUGGAGGGUUCUGCAGAACUGGGUGGAGCUCGGAAUUCUGGGACGAGUUCAUCACCUGGUUGCCACGGUGCACCUCCAGUGGGCAGGCUUUGAGGUUGGCGGGACAGAGGCUGAGGUGGUCCGUUAUUGGUUCAGCGUUCUACAGGGGCUCCAGGAUGCCGGGUUUAGAUUGGCCCACAGCUCGCCGGGGGUGGGGCAAAGCAUCCUACGGCACAAUGUCAAAAACGCACACAGCUCCUAUACACUAAGUUGGGUUAACACUAGGCCGGAAUACUGAGACACACACCUCCUGCGUGCAUUCGUGCACACAUAGAUAUUUGGAAAAAGUACUAAGUAAAAGUCCUGAGCUAUGUUUACCAGUUUUGGAAGUUCAUAAUUAGGAGCUACAUUCCCAGGUAAAGGGAGUUCACCACAAUUUGUCAUUAAUAUUUCAAUGAUUAGUGCUAAGUUAAGAACUCCCUUCGCCUGGUCAUUCAAGUCUUAAUUAGAAACAUUCUUAAACAUAGCCCGAGCCCAGACGAGUACAUUUACAUUGUACGUUUUACACUUCUACAUGCACACACACAAGCACACACACACAUAUACACCGAUCAGC